AUGUUUUCAAGCCAAAUGACUUCCACUCCUUUCUCAGUAAAGGAUAUUCUGAACCUUGAGCAAAAUCAUGAGGACAUGGUCUCUUUGGAAAUGUCACAGCGCUUAGACACUGCCCUUCCGACCUCAUCAUGCAUGCUGUCCACAUUCAAACAAGAACCUUUCCUGGAGAUUGCAUCUGGAGCUUCUCUGUUCGGUGAAGACGAGCAAGACGUCAAAGGCACCAGAGCCACUUCUCUGAAUGUCGCAGCUACCUUUUAUGGGAAGAAUUUCUUAGAAAUGGAUCUAGUCAAAGAGGCAAAGACUGAUCUGACGUUUGAACAAAAAGAGAGAAAAGAUGUCAGCUGCUCACAAGAGGGUCUUGGAGACGAACUUAAACUGGAUGAGACAGUGCGGCCUAAACAGAGGAAAAGAAGAAAACCUCGGGUACUAUUCUCUCAAGCGCAGGUGUAUGAGUUGGAGCGACGUUUUAAACAGCAGAAAUACCUGUCAGCUCCCGAGAGAGACCACUUGGCCAACGUGCUCAAGCUCACGUCCACACAAGUUAAAAUCUGGUUCCAGAACCGGCGCUACAAAUGCAAGAGACAGCGUCAGGAUCAGACCCUGGAGAUGGUGGGCAUCCCUCCUCCCAGGCGCAUUUCAGUGCCAGUAUUAGUUCGCGACGGAAAGCCAUGUCUUGGAGACACCUCAACUUACAGCACCUCAUACAAUAUGGGAAUAAACCAUUUCAGCUACAACACCACCUAUCCUGCUUUCAGUAACUUCCAGAGUCCUGGCAGCACAAACUAUACUUGCAACUAUCCUGCAGCCGCUACCGUGCCUUCUAUUCAGCCCUCCUCCACAAAUACCAGUCACAUGAACUAUGGAGUUGGAGAUCUAAACAAUGUUCAAACAUCUUUUCAGUCAAGCUGCGGAGUGUCCUCACUACAUGGAAUACGAGCCUGGUGA